UUAGAACCUUUAGCCGACACUCGGUUGGUAGACGUCUGCAGUCUGAACCCGUUCAUUUCAAAGAAACACCAGAAGUAUUUGAGAAGCAACAAUGAUCUGUAUACUGCUGGUAGCCGGUCAUGGCACCGUUUUGGAGACUCAAAUUAAGCUCCCUCUUCACCAUGACGGUUUGAUACAACGCCCGCAUUACUGCUGCUUCUGCACCAAUCCGCCUGUCCAUCUCACGCUCCAUUAUCCCAUCACUCUUGAACAAGAUCCCGAGAUGCUUGAACUCCUUCGCUUGGGGAAGAAACUCCCCCCUAACCCGGAGGGAGCUAUCCACCAGUUUCCGGCAGAGAACCAUGGCCUCGGACUUGGAGGUGCUGAAUGGACUUGGAGGAAUUUAAACUAUCGCAGUGUUAAUUCAGUUUCUAGUCCUUUACAAGUUAUGAUUUAAACCAAAGAACUUGGUGAGCUGCUAUUGGGGUCCAUCACAAGACAAGACAGUGAAGGAUGUAGAGUGAUAUUCAAGGGUUUUCAAGUACCAAUGAAAAAUUUCAAAGGGUGUUGUAGGAAACCAGAAGUGACCCCUGCACUGGCAAGAAUGUGGUGGUAAAGGCAAAGAAGAAUUCAAGAAUCAUCACCAAGAGCAUCCUGAUAGAUGUGAGAGGUUCAGGUAGCAACAAGAUGAAGAAGGACUUCACUUCAAAACAGAAAGCUUUUGGUCAACAGUUCUGUGGCCAGAUGAGAUGAAGAGUUGUUUGGUUACAGGGCUAGGUGUAAGACAGGAGAAACCUUAGAUUCCAAGAACACCAUCACCACAAUCUAGCAUGGUGAAUGAUGACACAGGCCUGUACAGCCACCUGACCGGGGUACCUAAGGCCCUGCUUCCUGGCACAGGAGGAAAAAAGAUCCUUGACUUUUGGUGGGAAACCGUCAACAUGCGACAGCUGUUCACAGAAGUGUAUCUGGUCACUAAUGCAGACAAGUAUAAGCAUUACGAGCGCUGGGCCACAGCUAAUGAUUUCCCGGUGGAAAAUGUGAUAAAUGAUGGCAGCACUACGUUGGAGGACCGUCUCGGUGCCGUGGCCGACCUGGAACUGGUCAUACGCAGCCGCAAGCUGCAGGACGACAUCGUGGUGAUCGCCGGAGACAUGCUGUGUGCAGACCAGAACUUUGACAUUGCUCAAGUGAUUCGCUUCUUCAGGUCAAAGCCUGGAGAGCUGAUCAUUUACUACGAGCUGGAAGAAAGUGAGAAAAGUAGCUCGAGAGGCAUCGUGGAGGUUUGCCCGGACACCAACAGGAUAACUCGGUUUAUGGAGAAACCGCAGGACGGGACAACAUCCCGGCUGGCCAGUGUGGUGUUCUACUGCAUCCAGAGAGACACGCUGUCCUGCAUGUCUGACUUCCUCAACCUGCAGCCUCAAGCCAAAGACAGGUCCUUUGGGCGAUUCUGGGAGUGGCUCAUCAAUGAGAAGCAGCUCGAUGUGUUUGGUAUGAAGCUUCCUACUGGCUUCCAGCUCAUUGGACAAGUGGGCCUGUCAGACUACACCAAGUGGCUCACCUGCUACUCCACCAAGCAGCACAACAACUCUGCUAUUCCAAUCACAUGCCGCUCGUAUGCCAGGGUCGGAUUAAUGGGGAAUCCCUCAGAUGGUUUUAAUGGGAAAACCAUUGCUAUGAGCAUCUCGAACUUCUGGGCCGAGGUCACUCUGGUGGAGAGCCAGACUUUGGUUUUGCUCCCUCAUCCACUCAACGACCCCACAGAGUUUGGCAGCCUGCAGGAUCUGUUCUGUAUCAGCAGGAAGGAAGGGUACCUGGGAGGUCUGCGGCUGCUGCAGGCUACAUGUAAGAAGUUCUACCAGUUCUGCUCCAAACAAGGUAUUGCUUUAACAAAGCAGAACUUCACACUGAAGUACGACACCAACAUUCCUCGACAAGUGGGCCUUGCUGGAAGCAGUGCUAUUGUCUCAGCUACUCUCAAGUGUCUUAUGAAAUUCUACAACAUCACAGACAGCGAUCUGCCUAAACCGGUCCGAGCCAACUUCAUCCUCAACGUGGAGACAGAUGAGCUGUUCAUCACUGCUGGUCUGCAGGACAGAGUAGUGCAGGUCUAUGAAGGUUUAGUCUACAUGGAUUUCAGCAAGAAGCUCAUGGAGGAGCAGGGCUACGGGAACUAUGUACCUUUGGACAUGAGUAACCUCCCACUGUUCUGGCUGGCCUACCUGAGCGACCCCAGUGACUCUGGACGCAUCCACAGCAACAUCCGACAGCGCUGGCUCAGUGGGGAGACAGCGGUCGUGGAGGCCAUGAAGAGCUUUGCUGAGCUCACUGAUCAGGCUAGGGUGGCUCUUAAGGACAGAGACUGGAGCUGUCUGGCACGACUGAUGGACCAGAACUUUGAGCUGCGGAGGUCUGUCUACACUGAUGACUGUCUGGGUCCUGGGAAUCUGAAGAUGGUUCAGCUGGCGAGGCAGUUUGGAUCAGCAGUGAAGCUACCCGGCAGUGGGGGGGCUGUAGUGGGUCUAUGUCUGGACACGGCGAGAAUGGUGGAGAUGAGGCAGGCUUUCCAGGAGGCAGGCUGUGUCUUCUGUGUCAUCGCACCAUACAACCCAUCUGCCAGCUCUGCAGGCGGCCAACGCUAACCUCGCACAUCUCCCCACCACUAAGCCAGGCCACUCAAGGCCAAGUCGAGGUUAGAAAUGGCCCACUGUGGCCCUCCAUGCGUGAAGUCCCAGUGUCAUUUCAUACAGUAGACUGGUAGGAUUAAAUAUGACACACCAAACAUUAUGAUCAGUUACAGGAAAUUACAGGAAAGCCAUAAAACAAUAAUCAGGAUUACUAUCCAGAUCUUUGGUGACAGUUUGAUGUCUGACCAGAUGGACUAAAUAAUGUUGGAAGUAGCACAUGGCUUUGUUUCCAGAAUAUAAGCUUUAUAUGAGAUCCAUGUUCCUUUAAGGUGCAGUGAUUGAUCCAUUUUGGUCAGAUUUAUCAGUGAUAAAGUAAAAAUUAUGUAAUUAUUUUUCUAUGUAUGUGAUGCAGUAAUUUUAUUAAAUCUACAUACAUCAUAUCUUUGUAUAAUGACUGUAAUUUUGUACACAAAUAAAAGCUGCUUUUAUAGUUCUGUGUUUGUCAUUUAUGAACUGCCACAUACGCUUCUGUGUUUAACGUGAUUGCUGACGCAUAUAGUGGAUGAUAAACAAUAAGUUACAGUGUGGUGUUUUUCCUCCCUGAAAUAGUGCAGUGAUGGAUCCAUUUGGUCAGAUUUAUCAGUGAUAAAGUAAAAUUGAUGUAAUUAUUUUUCUAUGUAUGUGAUACAAUAAUUUUAUGGAACCUGUAGACUUCAUAUCUUUGUAUAAUGACUAAUUUUGUACAUAAAUAAAAGCUGCUUUUCUA